UUUGACAUGAUUCCUGUUGAAACAGUGUCAGCAAACAUUUGGUGCUGUCCACGAGUAAAAACAUCGUGUACAUUUGAACGCAUUUUGCUCUGGAAUAUUGACCAACUGCACUAUUUUUGCUCUUAACAAUACAUUUUUAGCAAUGCUAAACAACAGUGUAACAUAGUUAAUUGCAGGCGAUAACAUCCCGCUGCAGCUGGACCGACAGGUGACUUUGUUGAUACCUUCGUUACCUGAUCAGUCGUGUCCUUUGAGAAGAAACCCGGCUCCUGGACAAUGGCUUUAGUAAACCUGGGGCUCAAUCCUGCAGCUGUGGCUUAUGCUAUGACCACACUGGGAUCUGGCAUGAUAAACAACAUAUUUAGCUUCUACUAUGUCAAACUCUUUCUUAAUAAAUACAAGAUAUCAGAGGGAGCAUUCCACCAAUCACAAGUGGUGUACAUGGUGUGGAAUGCAAUCAAUGACCCUCUUUUUGGCUACCUGCAAGAUACCUCCAGGGUGCCCUGCUGCUCUCAGAGACGUCUCUCCAUCCUGUACGGCGCUCCCCUCUACUCACUGGCUUUUCUCCUAGCCUGGUUCCCAUGGCAGACCUACGCCCCCGGGGACUGGUUGAGCGGCGUUCACUUGAUGGUGGCGCUGUGCGCUUUUGACAGCAUGCUGACUUUUGUGCUGCUGGCACAGUGUGCGUUGUUUGCAGAGAUUUCCAGCCAACAUGAGAGCCGACUAAGACUUGUAAAGUACAGCCAGGUGGCUUCUCUCAUUGGCUCCUCGAGUGUCCUCUUCUGUGGCGUGUUUUCCAGUAACAUGGAGGACUUUGCGUCCUUCCAAGCCUUCACAGUGCUGAUUGCCGUCCUGAGCUGUGUCUGCAUGCUCUACACGGGCCUCCACAGCGAGAGUCGCUUCGAUAAGAAAGGAUCUGAACCACAUGCACUGAGGUCUGCUGACCAGACAUCCGAUCAAUCAGCAUUUUCCUUUUCCAUGUUAAAAACUUUGACGUGGCAAAUUAUGAGCAACAGGGACUUCAUGCUUUUUGUUUGCAUGAACUUUUUCCAGGUUUUCGUGUUAGCUUUCUUCAAUAAUUUUACCAUGAUAUUUGCUGAGCACCUGAUUCCUCCAGAUGUGCUUCCAUCACUGGCCAAGAGCCUCAUGUAUGGAGCGGGAUUCAUCUGUCCACAGCUGUUAGUGUUGAGCUCUCAGAGUCUGCUCCACGAUCUUGGCUACUAUCGGAUAAUCCUCUACACCUUCUACAUGGAAGCUGGAAUGGCAGCCAUCAUGCUCGCACUCGGUCCUCAGCACUACUAUUUUAUGGCAUUUUUCCUCACCAUUAACAUGGUCAUAAUCCAAGCAGCCUUCAGUCUUUUUGGCUUGCCUUUGGCUGACAUCAUUGACACAGACCUGCAGAAGUACAAGCGCAGUUCCCCUCUUUCCUCCAUGGUCUUUGGGACGAAUGCCCUGUUCACUAAGCCGGCUCAGUCUCUGGCCCCAAUGAUAGUGAUUACUAUCCUCAACCAGUUUGGAUAUGAACAGCUGAAGGACGCUGCAAGGGAUUCAAAUAAAAGCGCCUCAGAGAGUCUCAAUAACGUCAUGUUCUACUUGGUGUGUCUGGUGCCUAUGUGUGUCGCUGCUCUGCAAGCCCUCGCUUGGAGGCCGUUUUCCAUACGCAACAGUCACACAGUCGACAGAAAGUACGUUGACAGCUAACUUCAGUGUUUGGCUGGGAUUUGAGCAAAUUCUUUAUUGCCAAGUAUGAGAUUAUGUUCCCUCUUUCGCUGUAUAUUCGAGGAUUGUACUGUACUGAUGCACUAUGUAUGUGUGUGUGUGUGUGGUGGUGGGGAUGUUAUGUAUUAACAGGAACAUGAUUGCUGUGCUUUGCAAUUAAAGGACCAAUUCAUCAAAAACAUACUAUUUUGUUGUUAAUAGAUAAACUGUACUUGGUGACACAUUGAAACUGAAUGUAAAAUAGGAUAGUUUUGAAAACAAUUGUUGAGAUAAGUUAGUCAUACUCUUGUGGAAUAUAGGAGUAUGUAUAUACCAUUAAUGGUAACAGCCAUUAAAAAAAAUGUCUUUAGCAUCUAAAGGUCCAAGACUACCUCCCAUGUCGGAGCACCUAGUUUAAAAGAAGCUAAGUACAAAAUAUUCAAUUCAGGCAAGGAUUUUGACAUUUCAGGGUUGAUUUCUGGUUGUAUGAUCAGUGGCUGCAGCGCAGCAAAUGCCAUAAUCUUUGCUGUAAACAUGGGCAAAAUUAGCAGUUGCAGAUUUAAUUCCAGCCAGUAAUUAAACUCAAUGCUCUUACAUGCAUUUAUUUAAUCGAUCUGUGUGGCCUUAUACAGACCUGUGUCUCUCUGUAAAUUAUAACCAAUACUUGAGUAGAGCUUACAGGUUUUAAGUCAAAACAUG